UGUGUCGCAGGAACGCGCCACUGGACGCUCAGUUCAUUGUUACACUGCUCCGUGUGAGACGCAUCAAGGCUGAGAUGGCACAGAAACAAGAGACUGAUGAGAAGACACAGUUGGGAGGAGAUGAGGGCAAAUAUGUUCUCAAGACCCCCAAGGGCACCAGGGACUAUAGCCCAAAGCAGAUGGCCAUCAGGGAGAAGGUGUUCAACACCAUCACCAACAGCUUCAAGCGUCAUGCAGCCGAGACCAUCGACACACCGGUCUUUGAACUGAAGGAAACAUUAAUGGGGAAGUAUGGUGAAGACUCCAAACUAAUCUAUGACCUGAAGGACCAGGGAGGAGAACUCCUGUCCCUCAGAUAUGAUCUCACCGUGCCAUUUGCCCGUUACUUGGCCAUGAACAAAAUCACUAACAUCAAACGGUACCACAUCGCCAAGGUGUAUCGCCGUGACAACCCAGCCAUGACCCGUGGACGCUAUCGCGAGUUCUACCAAUGCGAUUUUGAUGUAGCUGGGCAGUACGAUUCCAUGAUUCCUGAUGCAGAGUGUCUAAAGAUAAUCUACGAAAUCCUGUCUGAACUGGAUCUGGGAAACUUCCAGAUCAAGGUGAAUGACAGAAGGAUCCUGGAUGGCAUGUUCAGCGUGUGUGGAGUUCCUGAUGACAAGUUCCGUACUGUCUGCUCCUCUGUGGACAAACUUGACAAGAUGCCAUGGGCUGAGGUGAAGGAUGAGAUUGUGAAGGAGAAAGGACUCCCAGAGAGUGUGGCAGAUCAGAUUGGAGAGUAUGUCAGCAAGAAAGGUGGAUUGGAACUGGCCGAGACGUUGUUGAAGGACCCUAAGCUGUCAAAGAGUGAACCCGCUUGUGCUGGCCUCUCGGACAUCAAGCUCCUCUUCAAAUUCCUGCAGCUCUUCAACAUCACAGACAAGGUGGUGUUUGACUUGUCUCUGGCACGCGGGCUGGAUUACUACACCGGUGCCAUCUUUGAGGCCAUGCUGGUAGGCAAGGAGGGCAGUGGCGGCACUGAACAGGACAUCAACGUGGGCAGUGUUGCUGGGGGUGGCCGCUACGAUGGCCUGGUGGGGAUGUUCGACCCCAAGGGCCGCAAUGUUCCGUGCGUAGGUUUCAGCAUUGGCAUCGAGAGGAUCUUCUCCAUUGUGGAGCAGAAGACCGAGGCUUCCGGUAAGAAGGUGCGUACAACAGAAACACAGGUGCUGGUGGCCUCAGCUCAGAAGAGCCUUCUUGAAGAGAGACUCAAACUCACUGCAGAGUUGUGGGAUAAAGGCAUCAAGGCGGAGGUGAUGUACAAGGAGAACCCUAAACUCCUGAACCAGCUGCAGCACUGUGAGGAGACAGGCAUCCCGCUGGUGGCCAUCCUGGGAGAGCAGGAGCUCAAGGACGGCAUCGUUAAACUGCGUGACGUCGCCAGCAGAGAAGAGGUGGAGAUCAAAAGAGCAAACCUGGUGGAGGAGAUAAGGAAGAGAUCCCCUCAAUAAUAAUACACCUACUGUAAAUGGAUCAAAGUUUAAAAUCAACAAUAAAGACAUUAAAAAAAAAUUCCUCACA